AACAUUUGAAAAAAACAGAGCCAGCAGCGACGGUUAAAUGGUUAAACGCGGCUUUUGAACUGAACACCAGCUCAUCUCAGUCCGGCAGGACGCUGGUUCAGCCUCUUCCUCUGAUCAAAGUGAGGGGGAAAAUCUGAGUGUGAGCUGACUACAAGCAGCCAGGAAGGAAAGAAAAGAGUGUUUUUUGCUGGCGGAGAGCCAUGGACACACUGCGGACAGGUGUGUUUCUGCUGUGUGGGCUUCUGGUGCCCGCGUCCUGUGCAGACGUCUUCUUCACCGAUCCGGUCAUCUGCUACUUCCUGGAUGCGUUUCUGAUGGUUUACUGCAUCGCCGCCACCGCACUGUUCUUCAGAGAAAAGUUCUCUAAAAUCCCGCCUGUUGAGGACUUGGAGGAGGACGAUGGCGGCGUUUACCAGGAACUUGAGAGGCCAGCAGACCCCAGUCCUUACCAGGUGCUCCAGCCGCCCAAAGGAAGGAAGAAAGGCGGAAGGAAAAAAAAAUCUCCGCAGAAUCGAGCCCAGCAGGAGGAGCAGGACCCCUAUGAAUCUUUGAGCCCCAGAGCCACUCCAGCUCCUCGGCCUCCCCGCUGAGGUUUCCCUAUUUCCGGGGAUCUUUGCUGAAUCUGGGCCAGAGGACCGGCUGAUGAGGCCAAUGGUGUGAUGCAAAUAAUUUUUUUGCUAAUCAGAUUUUUUUCUGGUUUCAUAUUUUAAACAGAAAAGCCCGCUUCUUGUUUUUCAAUUAAUCGAUUAAAACAAAUCGUAUUGUGUUGAGAAUUGUGUCCAUCUUACACACCACCGACUCAAAAUACUCAUGUAUAGAGGUAUCUAUGUACAUUUCCCAUUAAAAUCUACAACUGCUAAAAGCUGGUGAGAAUUAGAUGUCCUAUGCACAUAAAACCACCUGGCUCCACAUCACAUAUGCCAGAGUCCAACUGAUCCUGAACAAAAGACA